AAAUAAACAGAAAGAAACAAUAAGGCGCAUGUAUGAAUGUAGGAGUUUAUUUCUGACAUCGAACAUAGCGCACGAGUGAGAAAGAAUCUGGGGAGUUUGCAAAAAGCAAAAAGAGGUUGUCUUGUCUCUGAUUAGAUUCGGCUCCGUCCACGUGACAACUGAUUUUGUAUCAUGGGAAAAGUGGCGGUGGGAGUGGCAGUCGUUUGCGCAGCGGCGGCGUGUGCGGCGGCGGCGUUGGUGGUGCGCCGCCGAAUGAGGAGCUCCGGAAAGCGGGGUCGCGCGGUGGCCAUGGUGAGGGAGUUUGAGAAGCAGUGUGGGACCCCAAUUGCGAAGCUGAGACAGGUUGCUGAUGCCAUGGACGUUGAGAUGCACGCGGGUCUUGCUUCUGAAGGUGGCAGCAAGCUCAAGAUGUUGAUUACCUUUGUCGAUAAUCUCCCUUCUGGGGAUGAGAAAGGACUCUUUUAUGCGUUAGACCUUGGUGGCACAAACUUCAGAACCCUUCGGGUGCAUUUAGGUGGGAAAGAGAAAGGUGUUGCCAACCUAGAGUCUGAAGAAGUUUCCAUUCCUCCUCAUUUGAUGACUGGUUGCUCGCAUGAAUUGUUUGACUUUAUAGCAGAAAAACUUGCAAAGUUUGUUAGUUCUGAGCCUGAAGAGUUUCACCCUCCCCCUGGUAGACAAAGGGAACUGGGUUUUACCUUCUCGUUUCCAGUGAGGCAAACAUCAAUUUCAUCUGGAAGUCUAAUAAAGUGGACCAAGGGUUUCAAUAUUGAGGAUGCGGUUGGAGAAGAUGUGGUGGGUGAAUUAACCAAAUCCUUCGAAAAAAUUGGUCUGGAUAUGCGUGUUGCAGCUCUAGUUAAUGACACAGUUGGAACAGUAGCUAGAGCAAGAUUCGGCAAUCCGGAUGUUGUUGCUGGAGUAAUUCUUGGUACUGGGACAAAUGCAGCUUAUGUAGAGUCUGCACAUGCAAUUCCAAAAUGGCAAGGUCUUCUACCAAAAUCAGGAGAGAUGGUUAUAAACAUGGAGUGGGGUAAUUUCCGUUCCUCUCAUCUUCCUCUAACACCAUAUGAUCAAGAUCUAGAUUUAGAGAGCUUAAACCCUGGAGAACAGAUUUUUGAAAAGAUAAUUUCUGGUAUGUAUUUGGGUGACAUUGUAAGGAGAGUUUUGUUGAAGAUGGCUGAAGAAGCUGACUUCUUUGGAGAUACUGUUCCUCCAAAAUUGAAAAUUCCUUUCAUAAUUAGGACACCUGACAUGUCUGCAAUGCAUCAUGAUGCAUCUUCAGAUCUGAAUGUGGUUGGAACCAAAUUGAAGGAUCUAUUAAAGAUCAAUAACACAUCCCUUCAAAUGAGGAAGCUUGUUGUUGAACUCUGUGAUAUCGUUGCUACUCGGGGAGCGCGCCUUUCUGCUGCUGGAAUCUUUGGCAUCCUGAAGAAAAUAGGAAGAGACACAGUAAAGGAUGGGGAGAAACAGAAAUCAGUAAUAGCACUGGAUGGAGGAUUGUUUGAACACUAUACUGAAUUCAGAAGUUCCUUGGAGAGUACACUAAAGGAGUUGUUGGGAGAUGAGGCAGCUGAUACAGUUGGUGUUGAGCAUUCUAAUGAUGGCUCUGGAAUUGGAGCAGCCCUCUUGGCAGCUUCUCAUUCUCAGUAUUUGGGAGUGCAAGACUUUUGAACAUGUGGUUUAAGCCAAGAUAAACCACUGUAACACUAGUUUCAUUUUUUGGGUACACCUAAUAGAUCAACGGAUUGAAGCUAAAAGGUCUUAUUUACUAGUCCUAGGGAGCUUUCAGCAGAAGGGGGCAGGUAUUUGUAGGGUUCUGUGUUCUUGCUGCUUCUUGGAUAGUUACUGCCAUUAUUUUGGUUAGUCUUUGUCUCUCCAACAUCAAGGAAUAAUAGGAGAGAUAUAAACUGAGUUUUCAUGUUUUCCCAAUGUAACGUUUUCAAACAAAGUAAACCAGGAUUAAUUUAUUGAAUUCAAAGCUUUUCUUAGUUAUCACUGAA